UAUGAAUCAAAUGCUGUACGGUAAAAUAAACGAGAAUAGCGAUGCAUGUAUUCAGGAAGUCCCUGAAGAAAGCUUUCAAGACAUUUCUGAGGACGAGCACCAGGUUGUCCAGGAUGUCACAAUCACAACUGAGAAGGAAGUCAGCCUGAAUCAGUUAGUUAAGAGCGAAAUCUCUACACCUAUUGAAACCAAACAGAAUAAUAAAUAUCAUAGACAGAGAAGUAUCGAGAUGACGAUCCCUGAACAAAAUUUGGGAAGUGAUUUCAACCCUAUUACUUCAAAGGAGACUAGUGGGAAGAAUUCCUUGACAAAUGAGGAUCCUAAAACAAAUCCCUUUGAGGUAGACCAGGCUUUUAUCCAAAAAUGAUCAUCGCCCUCUAACAGGCAUAUUUUUAUCAAAUCUGGAGAUAACUCAUUGAGGAAUUCACAAAUCUUAAGGAACACAGCAAUGACUUCAUCGUUUAGUUCUAAAUUUUGGCAGUCUCAGAUGCAGAAUGCUCAUGCACAAGAAGAGCUUAACUGAUGAACUAAAAAUUAUGACCUUUGAAGGAACUCUUUGCAAUCUUUACAACAAAGAGAUGAGAUUCAAAUACUUUUGCAGAAAAUUUAUCAUUUGGAAAACGAGAAUUCAAUUCUCAAAAAUUCAAACAGAUAUUCGUUAGAAACUACCAAUAUCUCUCCUCCAACAUACAAUAAAAAGGAAAACCAAAAUCCAUCAUCUAAAUCCAAAUCCUCAAAUCCAGCCUCCAAAAACCUCGAUUCAAUGUCCAAAAAGCUCUCAGACCUCAAAUCCAAGGCACUCCACCCUCUCUAACCUCUCUAGCUUUCCAAAAAGGACAAAUAAGCUUAAAUUCCAAUCAGAUCUCAUCAAACGUCUCGAAACAGAAAAACUAAAACUCUCUGAAAAAUGGGUAAAACUCAGUUCAAAAUAACAAAAAUGAGCUUAACCUAAAACUCAAAAUUAAAGAACUAGGCAAGUUUG